GUCGCGCUUCCGGCGGCGGCUCGGGGCCGGGGGUGUGCACCCUUACCGCCGCGGGCGGUCCUGCGCGUGAGGGGCGCGCAGGACGAGUCAUCUCGCGUGCCCUUGCCCACCAUGGCCAAGCCAGCAAGCAAAGAUUCAGGCUUGAAGGAAAAGUUCAAGAUUCUGCUGGGACUGGGAACACCAAGGCCAAGCCCUAGAUCCGCAGAAGGCAAACAGACGGAGUUUAUCAUCACAGCGGAAAUCCUGAGAGAACUGAGUGUUGAAUGUGGUCUCAACAAUCGCAUCAGAGUGAUAGGGCAGAUCUGUGAAGUUGCAAAAACUAAGAAGUUUGAAGAGCAUGCAGUGGAAGCACUCUGGAAGACUGUCGCGGACCUGCUGCAGCCAGAGCGGCCACCAGAGGCUCGACACGCGGUGCUGGCUCUGCUGAAGGCCAUUGUGCAGGGGCAGGGUGACCGUUUGGGGGUCCUCAGAGCCCUCUUCUUUAAGGUCAUCAAGGAUUAUCCCUCCAAUGAAGACCUCCAUGAAAGGCUGGAAGUUUUCAAGGCCCUCACGGACAAUGGGAAACACAUCACCUACUUGGAAGAAGAACUGGCGGAGUUUGUCCUGCAGUGGAUGGAUGUUGGCUUGACCUCAGAAUUCCUUCUGGUGCUUGUGAACUUGGUCAAAUUUAACAGCUGUUACCUCGAUGAGUAUAUUGCAUCAAUGGUUCACAUGAUCUGUCUGCUCUGCAUCCGGACUGUGUCUUCUGUGGACAUAGAGGUCUCCCUGCAGGUGCUGGAYGCUGUGGUCUGCUAUAACUGCCUGCCGGCUGAAAGCCUCCCCCUGUUCAUCGUCACUCUUUGUCGUACUAUCAACGUCAAGGAGCUCUGUGAGCCUUGUUGGAAGUUGAUGCGUAACCUCCUGGGCACCCACCUGGGCCAUAGUGCCAUCUACAACAUGUGCCGCAUCAUGGAAGACAGAGCCUAUAUGGAAGAUGCCCCACUGCUGCGAGGAGCUGUGUUCUUUGUAGGCAUGGCUCUCUGGGGAGCCCACCGACUCUAUUCUCUCAAGAACUCCCCAACAUCUGUGUUGCCAUCUUUUUAUGAGGCCAUGACCUGUCCCAAUGAGGUGGUGUCCUAUGAGAUCGUGCUGUCCAUAACCAGGCUUAUCAAGAAGUACAGAAAGGAGCUCCAGGCUGUGACGUGGGACAUCCUGCUGAACAUCAUCGAGCGGCUGCUUCAGCAGCUYCAGAGCUUGGAGAGCCCAGAGCUCAGAACCAUCGUCCAUGACCUGCUGACCACUGUGGAGGAGCUGUGUGACCAGAAUGAGUUCCAUGGCUCACAGGAGAGAUACUUCCAGCUGGUGGAGAGCUGUGCAGACCAGAGGCCCGUAAGACACCCCCUUGGGGCCUACAGGGGUUCAGGCAAGAGUGCUGUCGGGCAGGGGCCCCUGUGGGUACCUAGCUGGAGAUCUCUGCUGCAAUGCCUUGGAAUGCACAGCACUUAUGCUGCAGUACCUUGGAAUGCACUGCUUGCAGGGCCAGAGGUUCACUUGUUCCCUCUGUGCCUGGUGUAGGAGGAGCUGAUUAACUCGGUGGUCAUCUCCCAACUUUCCCACAUCCCUGAGGAUAAAGAUCACCAAGUCCGAAAGCUGGCUACCCAAUUGCUGGUGGACCUGGCGGAAGGCUGCCACACCCACCACUUCAACAGCCUGCUGGAUAUCAUCGAAAAAGUGAUGGCCCGCCCCCUUUCCCUGCCUCCUGAGCUGGAAGAAAGGGAUGUGGCUGCCUACUCGGCCUCCCUGGAGGAUGUGAAGACUGCAGUCCUGGGGCUUCUGGUCAUUCUUCAGACCAAGCUGUAUACCUUGCCUGCCAGCCAUGCCAUGCGUGUGUAUGAGACGCUUGUCAGCCACAUCCAGCUCCACUACAAGCAUGGCUACUCCCUGCCCAUUGCCAGUAGCAUCCGGCUACAGGCCUUCGACUUCCUGCUGCUACUGCGGGCUGAUUCGCUGCACCGCCUCGGGUUGCCCAGCAAGGAUGGGRUCGUGCGGUUCAGCCCCUACUGCCUCUGUGACUGCGCGGAGCCAGAGUGGGGCUCUGAGAAGAAGGCCAGCGGCCCCCUUUCACCUCCCACUGGGCCAUCUGGCACUGUCCCCUCUGGCCCUACCGUGCGGCUUGGCCACCUGCCCUACUCCCUGCUCUUCCGUGUCCUGCUGCAGUGUUUGAAGCAGGAGACUGACUGGAAGGUGUUGAAGCUAGUCCUCAGCAAGCUGCCUGAGUCGCUGCGCUACAAGGUCCUCAUCUUCACCUCCCCAUGCAGUGUCGACCAACUGUCAUCUGCCCUCUGCUCCAUGCUCUCAGGUCCAAAGACCCUCGAGCGGCUCCGAGGCACCCCCGAAGGCUUCUCCAGAACCGACCUCCACUUGGCCGUGGUCCCGGUGCUGACAGCUCUGGUGUCUUAUCACAGCUACUUAGACAAAGCCAAGCAGCGUGAGAUGGUUUACUGCCUGGAGCAAGGCCUCAUCUACCGCUGUGCCAGCCAGUGUGUGGUGGCCCUAGCCAUCUGCAGCGUGGAGAUGCCCGACAUCAUCAUCAAGGCGCUGCCUGUCCUGGUGGUGAAGCUGACACACAUCUCUGCCACGGCCAGCAUGGCUGUGCCGCUCCUGGAGUUCCUGUCCACUCUGGCCAGGCUGCCCCAUCUCUACAGAAACUUUGCUGCAGAGCAGUACGCAAGUGUGUUUGCCAUCUCCCUGCCGUACACUAACCCCUCCAAGUUCAACCAGUACAUCGUGUGCCUGGCCCAUCAUGUUAUUGCCAUGUGGUUCAUUAGGUGUCGCCUGCCCUUCCGGAAGGAUUUUGUCCCUUACAUCACUAAGGGCCUGCGCUCUAACGUCCUCCUGUCUUUUGAUGACACCCCCGAGAAGGACAGUUUCAGAGCACGGAGCACCAGUCUCAACGAGAGGCCCAAAAGUUUGAGGAUAGCCAGAGCCCCCAAACAAGGCUCGAAUAACUCCCCACCUGUGAAAGAACUCAAGGAGAGCCCUGCAGCCGAGGCCUUCCGGUGCCGCAGCGUCAGUGUGUCUGAUCAUGUGGUCCGCAGCAGGAUACAGACAUCCCUCACCAGUGCCAGCCUGGGGUCAGCAGACGAGAACUCCAUGGCCCAGGCUGAUGACAACUUGAAAAAUCUCCAUCUGGAGCUCACAGAAACGUGCCUGGAUAUGAUGGCCCGAUACGUGUUCUCCAACUUCACGGCAGUACCUAAGAGGUCUCCCGUGGGAGAAUUUCUCCUGGCAGGCGGCAGGACCAAAACCUGGCUGGUUGGGAAYAAGCUUGUCACAGUGACGACCAGUGUGGGAGCUGGGACCCGCUCAUUGCUGGGCCUGGACUCUGGGGAUCUGCAGGCCAGCCCAGAGUCAAGCUCCAACCCUGGCCUGCAUGUGAGACAGACAAAAGAGGCGCCUGCUAAGCUGGAGUCCCAGACUGGGCAGCAGGUUUCUCGCGGGGCCCGGGAUCGGGUGCGCUCCAUGUCAGGGGGACAUGGCCUUCGAGUUGCUGCCCUGGAUGCACCAGCUUCCCAUAUUCCAGGAGGCUGCACUUCUGCAGGACCACAGAAUGUACCAGCUACAAAGCCGGAGAAGGCCUCUGUGGGUGCCCAGGUUCCAGCACCAGAGAAGACGAAUCUGGCAGCCUAUGUACCCCUGCUGACCCAGGGCUGGGCCGAGAUCUUGGUYCGAAGGCCCACAGGGAACACCAGCUGGCUGAUGAGCCUUGAGAACCCACUUAGUCCCUUCUCCUCGGACAUCAACAACAUGCCCCUGCAAGAGCUGUCCAAUGCCCUCAUGGCUGCUGAGCGCUUCAAGGAGCACCGUGACACGGCUCUGUACAAGUCACUGUCAGUGCCGGCAGCUGGCACGGCCAGGCCCCCUCCUCUCCCACGCUCUAAUACAGUGGCCUCUUUCUCCUCCCUGUACCAGUCCAGCUGCCAAGGACAGCUGCACAGGAGCAUUUCCUGGGCAGACUCUGCUGUGGUUCUGGAGGAGGGGAGUCCAGGUGAGACUCAUGUACCAGGGGAGCCCCCUGAGUUGGAGGAUUUGGAGGCAAUGCUGAGUGCGGACAGGCGUUGCCGGCGCUCUGAGGCUUACAGCAGGUCAUCCUCAGCCUCCAGCCAGGAGGAGAAGCCCCACACUGAGGAGCUGGCUGCGGGGGGCAUCCCAAUUGAGGCAGCAGUCUCCUCUGAGGGUGGCCGGCCCUCCGUGGAUCCCUCCUUCCAGCCAUCACAGCCCCUGAGCAAGUCCAGCUCCUCGCCUGAGCUGCAAACACUGCAGGACAUCCUUGGGAACCCUGGGGACAAGGCUGAUGCUGGCCGGCUGAGCCCUGAGGCCAAGGCCCGAUCCCAGUCUGGGAUCCUGGAUGGGGAAAGUGUGGCCUGGGCAGCCCCAGGUGAAGAGGGCCGGGGCUCCGCCGUACCCGAGGGUCCUUUGCCAUCUAGUUGCCCCCGUUCUCCCGGUGGCCUCCGGCCCCGAGGCUACACCAUCUCCGAUUCAGCUCCAUCGCGCAGGGGCAAGAGGGUGGAGAGGGACACUUUGAAGAGCAGAGCUGCAGCCUCCAGUGCUGAGAAAGUACCUGGCAUCAACCCCAGCUUCGUGUUCCUGCAGCUCUACCACUCGCCAUUCUUUGGUGAUGAGUCCAACAAGCCCAUCCUUUUGCCCAAUGAGUCCUUCGAGCGGUCAGUGCAACUCCUUGACCAGAUCCCUUCGUAUGACACACACAAGAUUGCUGUGCUGUAUGUGGGCGAAGGCCAGAGCAACAGCGAGCUGGCCAUCCUCUCCAAUGAGCACGGCUCGUACAGGUACACAGAGUUCCUGACAGGGCUUGGUAGGCUCAUCGAGCUCAAGGACUGCCAGCCCGACAAGGUGUACCUGGGUGGCCUGGACGUGUGUGGCGAGGAUGGCCAGUUCACCUACUGUUGGCACGAUGACAUCAUGCAAGCUGUCUUCCAUAUUGCUACGCUGAUGCCCACCAAGGACGUGGACAAGCACCGCUGUGACAAGAAGCGACACCUGGGCAAUGACUUUGUCUCCAUCAUCUAUAAUGACUCUGGGGAGGACUUCAAGCUGGGCACCAUCAAGGGCCAGUUCAACUUUGUCCACGUGAUCAUCACACCCCUGGACUACGAGUGCAACCUGCUGUCACUGCAGUGCAGGAAAGACAUGGAGGGCCUUGUGGACACGAGCGUAGCCAAGAUUGUGUCUGACCGCAACUUGCCCUUUGUGGCUCGCCAGAUGGCCCUGCACGCAAACAUGGCCUCACAGGUGCACCACAGUCGCUCCAACCCCACCGACAUCUACCCCUCCAAGUGGAUCGCCCGGCUCCGCCACAUCAAGCGGCUCCGCCACCGGAUCCGUGAGGAAGCCCACUACUCGAACCCCAGCCUGCCUCUGCUACAGAUGCAGUCCACAGCCCACCCCAGAGCCCAGGCUCAGGCCCCAGCUGAGGCCACAGCCACCUGUGAGGCAGGCCAGCGGAAGCGCCUCAUCUCCUCAGUGGACGACUUCACCGAGUUUGUGUGAGGCCGAGCAUGUGCCCAGGGCUUGCUGUGGCCACCUCCUCCCUGUCCCUCCACAGGAUGAUAGACAGUGUUCUGUAUAUAUAUGAAAAUAAAUUGGCCAUGUGUCCCCGGCGCUCAGACUCGGGUGCAGGUAGCAGUCAGACAGCUCCUUUAUUUGACUUUGUCCGUUUUGUGGRGUUGGGGGCAGGAUUGAGGCUAUACCUGCAGCUGUGGCCCCAGAAGUGAGCAUGCUCAGAUCCUGGGUCUCUUGGGGACAGCCCCUCCCACAUCAGUGGAGCCCUGGUGCUCACACCCAGGCCUCCACCUCACACACUCACACUGUCACACGCUCACCAACCCAGUCCUGGGAGCCAGCCCCAGGAGGGUCCUUUCCCCUGCCUGCCUGUCGCCCUCACUCCUGCCCUUGUCCUGCYCUUGUCUAGACCGGACACCGGCAGGCCUGGGUGCUACCUUGUCACCACCAGGCCCUAGGCAGGGGAGUGAAACAAAGGGUGUGAUGGUCCGGGGCAACUGUGCCCCAGACUCUGACCCAGCCACAGGGCCUAGCUUCAACCACCAGGUCCAU